CAGAAGCCAAUCAGGAGCAGUAUAAUGUGACAAGACCACACCUCCUACCCAUCUAAAGCGACUCCCUCUUUCGUCGCAUAUUCGUGACGACAUUUAUUGCCAAACCUUGGUACGUGCAAGGCUUUAAGGAAAGGGCAAGAAACCGGCUUAUUAAAGAGCACCGCCUCAACUUUUGUCCAACCUGAGAAAAUGAACCAAAACCUUCCCGAUCUUCCUAGCGGACCCCUGGAUGUGUAUCGGAAAAAGGCAUCCUUCAGUUGGAAGGAAAUGGUCACCUUUUUGGAGGGAGAAGAAAUCAUAGCAUUCAAAAAACACGUGUUCUCCGUCCUGGAGAGCGACCCCAUCUUCGCCCGACACCCGGGUGAGGACCUCUCCUUGGAGAAAAUGCGGGAGAUGACUUUCCGGCGCUGCAAGCAGCUUUUCAGAUACAAUCUUCUCACCCGCGAAGAGGCCAUGCAGAACCCAUGGAGGACCACCGCGCUCAACGACUGUCUGGGCAUGUACGACUGGUCUUUGGCGGCCAAGUAUUCCCUCAAUAAAUGGAUGUUUGGUGGUACAGUACUCAAUUCGGGCUCCAGUAGACAUGAAAAAUUUGUCCAGGAUAUUGAGAAUAUGAUGACCUUUGGAUGUUUUGCCUUGACUGAGCUGAGUCAUGGCAGCAAUACAAGAGCAAUGAGGACCACAGCCACGUAUGAGCCUAAAACUCAGGAGUUUGUGAUCAACUCCCCAGACUUUGAGGCGGCUAAGUUUUGGGUGGGGAACCUGGGGAAGACGGCCACCCACGCUGUGGUGUUCGCUCAGCUGUUCACGCCCGACGGCCAGUGUCAUGGCCUGCAUUCGUUUGUCGUACAGGUGAGAGAUCCCAAGACACUUCUGGCAAUGCCUGGCGUGAUGGUCGGAGACAUCGGCAAAAAGCUCGGGCAGAACGGACUGGACAACGGGUUUGUGCUUUUUCACAAUGUUCGAAUUCCUCGGGAGAAUCUGCUGAACAAGACAGGGGACGUCACCCCCGACGGCCAAUACGUCACACCGUUUAAGGAUCGCAGCAAGCGGUUUGGGGCAUCUUUGGGGGCGCUGUCGGGGGGCCGGGUGUCCAUAACGCGUAUGGCGGUGGUCAACCUGAAGCUGGCCCUGACCGUGGCGCUGCGCUUCUCUGCCACCCGCCGCCAGUUUGGCCCCACAGAUGACCAGGAGAUACCAGUGCUGGAGUACCAGCUGCAGCAAUGGCGCCUCAUUCCGUACCUGGCCGCUGUGUAUGCGCUGGACCACUUUUCCAAGUCCAUCUUCAAGAACAUGGUUGAGUUCCAGAUUGGUCUCAUGAUGAAAGAUAAUAGUGAAAGACAGGCAGAGCUGGGCCGAGAGAUUCACGCCAUCUCCUGCUCCAGCAAGCCCCUGGCGUCCUGGACAGCCCAGCGAGGCAUUCAGGAGUGCCGAGAGGCCUGCGGCGGCCACGGCUACCUGGCCAUAAGUCGUCUCGGGGACAUCAGGAGCGACAGUGACCCAAACCUCACCUACGAGGGAGACAACAAUGUCCUCCUGCAGCAGACCAGUAACUACCUGCUCAGCUGGGUCAGCGUCGGACAUCAGGAAAAACGGAGGAUAGAAUCCCCUGUACAGUCUGUGGACUUCCUGGAGAGCUUCAACAGCAUCUUGCAAGACAGGUUCACUGCCGCUUCGGAGGAGGACUGCAUGGACUCGGCAGUACCACUGGCGGCCUACAAGUGGCUGGUGUGCUUCCUGCUCAAGGAGAGUCAUACCAAGCUGGUCCAGGAGAAGUCAUCAGGACUCGGGGACUUUGAGGCGAGGAACAACAGCCAGGUGUACUUCUGCCGCUCGUUAGCCCUGGCCUAUGUCGAGCACACGGUCCUGCAGCGGUUCCAUGACUUCACCCGUGAUGCGGAGACUCCGCUCAGCCUUCAGCCCGUGCUGCAGCGCCUGGCCGCGCUCUAUGGCCUGUGGAGCCUCAUCAACCACAUGGGCACUCUGUACCAAGGUGGCUACUUAUCUGGGAAACAAUCGGCUGACUUCAUCCAAAAUGCCAUUCUCAGAUUGUGUGCACAGUUGAAGGACGAUGCUGUUGCUCUAGUGGACGUCAUAGCUCCCCCUGACUUCAUACUUAACUCGCCUCUCGGGCGUGCCGAUGGCGAGCUUUACAAGAACCUGUGGUCAACAGUCCUCCAGGGAAAUGGGGUCCUAGAACGUCCAUCCUGGUGGUCCGAGUUCUGCACCAAUAAACCAGUUGUGGGGUCCCUCCAUCCCAAGCUGUAAGGGUUGUGGACCCAUAACCCUGCAAGUGAAGUCAAAUCAACUUCAUUUUCAGCAGGUCUACAGAUGGGCUUUGAUAACAAACCUCACCUCUCCCAUACAAGAAGAUCUAUUUUCAUUUCUUCAUGAGGCAUCAGAGGAACAUCAUCGCAAUGAUAUAUUUAGUUGUUUUCCAUUUUGACGCUAAUCCUGAGUACUGGGAGCAUUGCACCUCCUGAACAUAACUGAUACCAGCUUCUGGAUGUACCCUAAAAUCAUUUUUAUUUACAGUUGCAAUGACAGCAAUGAAGGUGCCAAUAUUACCCACUGAAUUUAUGUUCUAUUAUUUUGUAAUGUAAAUAUUAAUAAAUUGUAAUGACUAUAAAACAGUAGUUUUGCAGAAAUACACAUUCUGAUGUGAUUCUAUAAUUGGUCUUUUUAACAUUAAAAUAGUUUUAACUUUAACAUGAAAUUCUGGGCUUAUUUUAGUAGCGAGGCUCCUGUAAUACUUGAAUUGCUGUCAGAGCCUGUCAAAAAUUUGACUUUGCAGUUCAAAACAAGUCUGCUAAUCAUUCCCACUUUACAUUAUGGUUUCAGCAGGAGGAACGGCACAAAUAUGGUGAAUGUCAUUCUCACAUUACAUCCUUAUGACUUACAUCCUAAUGUAGAUGUUUCGUUAUAGUUUAGUGUUGUAGUUUGGUCUGUUUGGGUACAGUUUGAACUUGAGAUAAAUCCUAGAGAACAAAGACCUUUCAAAACUAGAUGGCUUCCUGGAAGGAUCAACACUCAACCAACUUUUGAUGUCAAAUUAUUUCUUUUAGUCUUUUUUGUACUUGGCUUUGUUCCCUGCAUCGUGUUUACGGGGUUAUUGCCGCGUGUGUCACCUGUGUGGCACUGGGAUAGUCCUGUGUCUGUAGCCUUCGCAGUACUUAGUGGAUUCUUUGUCCGCAGCCCUGAGUUUAACAGAGUAUUCUCUCUUUUCUGCUGCUGGUAAUGUCUCCUCGAAAGAAUCGGGGAAACAAUUCUGAGUUCGCAUUCCAGACAUUCAUGAGACCCCUGGGGACAGUAAGAAAGUCGGUGUGUUCGUUGGACCAGAAUUCUGAUGGGGAGGGCGAGGGAUUAGUGAUCAUCUAUGUCAAUGGCCACUUUUCUCUUAGUGUAUAUAUAUGGGGUGCUUGUUUCUGGUGUCAGUAUACAGUGUUUAAGCAUUUAACCCCUUGGACCCCCUUUAUCUUGUAGUGUUACAGUGUGAAUUCAGUGAUUUUAAUUGUAAUUAUGUCAGAAAUCUAUAUAAAAUGUUAUAUAAUGUCA